AUGAGUUGUCUGCGGGAGAUGCAUCUCGAUGAUCUGUUUAAAUUUAAUACGUUAGUCUUCGAUCCAUUCACAGAGGUCUAUCGCCUCAGCUUCUUUAUGCGCCAUCUCGCCCAGUGGCCCGAACUGGCGGUGGCUGCCAUAACACCCCAUGGCCAGUUGGCUGGUUUCAUUUUUGGCAAGUUCCAGCCCGGCAUGGAUGACACUGACAUGCAUGGCCACGUGUGUGCAUUGACCGUCGAAAUGCACUUUCGUCGCUUAGGUGUCGCCUCGCUCCUCAUGAACCACUUUGCACAAAUGCUGGACUACAAGAAUGCCUGGUAUGUGGAUCUGUAUUUGCGGUGCAGUAAUGAGAGUGCCUACAAGCUCUACUGCUCUCUGGGCUACUGUCUGCGCCGUGUCUUGCUAGAGUACUAUCCGGGCGAUCCCGACGAGGAUGCCUACGAUAUGCGGAAGCCACUGGCCAUAGACGUGCAGCAGACGUCUUUGCUGCAUGCCAGCAGGCAGGCGGUGCACCUGCCCAGCGACGAGGAAAGCGACGAUGACUACAAUUAG